AUGAAACAAACGAAUGAAAAUAUUUCAACAACAACCUCUGAUUUUACACAAUGUAAUGGUCAUCAAGAUGAUUUAAUAAAAAUUCGUAAAGAUUCUGAUAAUGAUGAUGCAGCAACAAAUAUAAGUUCAUCAUCAUCAUCAAAUAUAAAUAAUAGUGGAUUAGUAUCAUCUGUACCAACAAAUACAAAUGAACUUAUUGUUGUACCUGAAUCAUCAUUCAAUAUUCGUAUACAAUCACCUGGUUUAGAUACAUUUGAGUUACCAGUAACAUCAAGUGAACUUGUGCAAGAAAUUCAUCAAGUUCUAAUGGACAAAGAAGAAACAUGUCAUAGAACAUGUUUUUCAUUACAACUCGAUGGAAUUGUUUUAGAUAAUUUUACCGAAUUAAAAAAUAUUGAAAAUUUAAAAGAAGGAAGUUUAUUAAAAGUUAUUGAAGAACAAUAUACUGUACGCGAAGUACGAAUUCAUGUAAGACAUAUUAAUGAAUUAAUACAUUCAUGUGAUUCAAUUGAUUUAUAUAAUGGUAAUAAUGGUUAUUCAUUAUGUAUGGUUAAUGAUAUAACAAACGGAGAUAUUGUAUCGAAUAGUGAUCGAAAAAAGGCUGCAGAAACAAAUGGAUUUGAUUUUAAUGUACCGGAAUAUCUUUUACCAAAUCAAAAAGAUAUUCUUCUUACACCUUUAUUUACAACAAAUAAUAAAAGUCGACCAUUACAAUGUUUAAAAGUAUUAUCAUAUAGUGGUUGGAAUCCACCGAAUGGUUCAAGAAAAUUACACGGUGAUCUUAUGUAUUUACAAGUAACAACAUGUGAAGAAAAGUCAUUUCAUAUAACAGCUUGUACAAAAGGUUUUUAUGUUAGUCAAACAACGGAUGAAAAAUUCAUACCUAAACCGGUGCAACCGAAAUCCAUAUUUCAUUCACUUGUUGAUUUAUUAAAUAAUAUUAGUCCAUUAUUUAAAAAAAAUUUUGCUGCUAUUCAACGUAAACGUUGUACAAAACAUCCAUUUGAACGAAUACAAAUUCCAACUCAAAUUCAUCCAUGGUUAUCACCACGUUUUGAUCAUACAGUUGAUUUUUUUCGAGCAGAAGAUGCAAAUAUUAAUAAACUUGGACAUGAAGAUCAUAUACCUGGUCAAGUACGUGAUUGGAAUGAAGAAUUACAAAUAACAAAAGAAUUACCAAAAAAAACUUUACCUGAAAGACUUAUUCGCGAACGUGCUAUGUUUAAAGUACAUAGUGAUUUUGUUUCAGCUGCUAUUCGAGGAUGUCAAGCGGUUGUAGAUGGUAAUAUUAUGGCUAUUAAUCCUGGUGAAGAAUCAAAAGUUCAUAUGUAUAUUUGGAACAAUAUGUUCUUCAGUCUUGGUUUUGAUGUUAAAGAACAUUAUAAAGAUUUUGGUGGUGAUGCUGCUGCUCAUGCUGCACCAACAAAUGAUUUACAAGGUGUUCGUGCUCUUAACACAAUUGACAUAGAAGGAUUACAUACAUUAGGUACUGCUGUUGUUGAUUAUCGUGGUAUGCGUGUUACUGCUCAAACUAUUGUACCUGGUAUUUUGGAAAAAGAACAAGAACAAAGUGUUGUAUAUGGUUCGACUGAUUUUGGUAAAACUUGUGCAACGAAUGAAAAAUAUAAAGAAUUAUUGGAAAAAGUUUCAACUAUGCUUAAAAUUAAACCACAUUCAAUAAAAACAGAAAAAGGUGAUGUCGUUGAAUUAUUAACAGCUGUUGAAUGCAAAGGUAUUGUUGGUAAUGAUGGACGACAUUAUUUAUUAGAUUUAUUACGUAUGAUGCCACCUGAUUUGAAUUAUUUAUCAGUUGAUGUUGAACAUAUUUCACCAGCUAUGAAAGAACUUGAUUAUCCAAGAACAUAUAAACAUCGAUUAUGUUGUUUAAGACAAGAAUUAAUUGAUGCUUUUAUUGAACAAAAAUAUGUUGAUUUCUAUCGUUCAAUUGCACUUAAUUUAUCUAAAUUACGAUCAACAGAAUCAUCUACAGCAAAUGAUACAACUCAACAAACAAAUGUUGAAGAAGCUAAACGUAUUGUUAAUGAAAUCAGCGUUGAAGAUAAUAGUCGUGAAAUAAUUCAAUCUGCAUGUCGUUCAAUAGGAUCAGUUAAAGACAAUGAAUUUGAUGUUCGUUUUAAUCCUGAUCUAUUUCAACCACAUGUAACAUUAAAUCAAUCGCCUGCAGAAACAACAGCUGAUAUAAAAUUAUUAAAAGAAGCUGCAGAAUAUUUAGUAUUAAAACAAAUUCCAUUGAUGAUACAAGACUUUCAAGAUCAUUCAGCUGUACCAGUCGAUGGUGAAAGUCUAUCAGAAGCUAUGCAUUCAAGAGGAAUUAAUAUUCGUUAUCUUGGUCGAGUAGUUCAAAUUCUUAAUCAACAAUCAUCACUAUUUUAUCUUUAUGAUAUUUCUGUAACAGAAAUUCUUUGUCGAAGUGCAAAACAUAUUUUUCGUAAUUAUAUACAAUCCGUACCACUUCAUUUAUUAUCAUUUUCAAUAAGUCAUUUUCUAAAUUGUUUCCUAACAAUUAUAACUUCACCAUCAUCUGAAUAUCUAUCCGAUGAGUUUUUAUCAUCAUCAUCAUCUUCAACAUUAACAAAUAAUGGUACAACGAAUACAAAUUCAUCAUUAGCAAAUUUAACGAAUUCUUCAUCUCAAAAAACUACUAAUAAAAAAAAGAAUAAAAAACAUCAACAACGUAAACAAAAUCCAUUUAUGCGAAAUGAAUCAUUAGACUUUUUAUCAUUAACAUCCAAAACGUUUUGGUUACAAUUAACAAAUGAAGCUAAAGCAAGAUAUAAUUUUGAUUUGAACUGUGAUGAUAUUGAAAAUUUUCUUGAAAAAUACAAUGCUCGUCGUACAUGUAUUUUACGUUCAUUUUGUUCAAAAACUGGUUUACAAUUAUCUAUGCGUGAAUAUCAGUUUGAUGUAACAAAUAAAUCAACUCGUACAAAUAAUGAAUGUUUUAAUGAAGAAGAUGUUAUUAAUAUUUAUCCUUUAAUUAAACAAGUUCCUCCAAAACCAAGUGAUGCUUAUCAAUUUUUUACAACUGGUCAACAAAAAAUUCAACAAGGUUUACUUCGUGAAGGUUUUGAAUUGAUAUCAGAAGCUCAUAAUUUAUUAAAUAAUGUUUAUGGACCUAUGCAUCCAGAAAUUAGUAUGUGUUUAAGAUUAUUAGCAAGAUUGAAUUAUAUAAUGGGUGAUUAUCAAGAAGCACUUUAUACACAACAUAAAGCUGUUAUGAUGUCUGAACGUGUAUUAGGUAUUGAUCAUCCUCAAACAGCAACUGAAUAUAUUCAUAUGGCACUUUAUUCAUUUGCAAAUGGUCAUUCAAUAAAUGCUUCGAAAUUACUUUGCCGUGCUAGAUAUAUUAUUUUAGCAUGUUGUGGAGAAAAUCAUCCACAAAUUAGUUUAAUUGAUAGCAAUCUUGGAUUAAUCUUACAAUCAUACGGAGAUUAUGAAAAUGCAUUGAAAUUUAUGGAAAAAUCACUUGAAUUAAAUAAGAAAUUUUAUGGCUUAAAAAGUCUUAAAGUAGCAUUAUCUCAUCAUCUUUGUGCACGUAUUCAAUCAUGUCGCGGUGAUUUUCGAUCAGCAUUAAACAGUGAGCGUGAAGCUUAUCAAAUAUAUAAAUUACAACUUGGUGAUGAACAUGAACGAACACGUGAAAGUGCUCAAGUACUUCAACAUUUAACUGAACAAGCUGUUGUUUUACAAAAACGAAUGAAUGAUGUUGUUAAAGGACAAUUACUUAUGAUACCAAGCAUAACUAUUCAACAACCAAGUUUUCAAAAUGUUUUGGAAAUGCUUAAUGUUGUUAAUGGUAUUUUAUUUAUACAAAUUCGUGAAAAAGAUCUUGAUUUAUUACGUGAAGAAUUAGCUAAACAAUCAAUUGAUGAUCAACAACAAAUAUCAACAUCUUCGAUUAAAACAAUAUCAGAAGCUGCUGAACAAGCAGCAGCAUUAAUGAAUAAUGAAGUUGAUUAA